UGAGAUCAUAUAUAACAUUUUGUACUAAUUUUAUAGUAUUAUAUUUAUGGAAAAUUUUCAAAAUUGUACACAUGGCUUAAAACCCGACCUGGACACAAUAAUAAUAAUAAUAUAUUUGCAAUCAUAUAUACUAGAAAAAAUAAACUUCAUGUCAAUAUUUUGCGCACUUCAUUUAAUACAAAGGGAAUUGUGCAACUCUCUUUUUAAUAACUGGAAUUCUAAAAACUGAAAUAGGUAGAUUUAUUGAUACACAGAUAAUACUUAGUUGGAUAAUCGUUUACUCAUUAAAGAGUUAUUAAACAUAAUUAAAUGUAUAUCUUACGCAACUGUUAAUUCAACAGCGUCAUUCAUAGUUCUGGCUUGUUAAAUCAUGACUCUAUAAAAGCCAAUGACCAAUGUAGAUGAACUGUCAAAUGUUUUCAUCCGAGCGAAGUGUUCGAGAUCAGUUUUCAAUUCAAAACACAGUUUUUAACUUCAACAAUAAAAGGUACUAAGCUCUAAAAUAACCAAUGAAAAUCAGCAAUAAAAUGUUAGCCCUAAACUUAACUUUAAAUGUACUAAUAGUUAUUGCAUUUAUGCUGGCUUAUGUACAAAGCUUAAGCGUACCCCUUAACGUGGAAGAGAAAUGCCUGGCUGAAAAUAAUGCCACCAGGCCCGAGUUAUUAUCCAAAAUAGAUCAGGCAAAGGACGAAGGACAUUUGGAAAAUGUUGAAAGGAAAUAUAUGUGCUAUGUGCGUUGCGCAGCUGCCGAAAUGAACAUUUUGAAUGACAAUGGCCUCCUAGAUAUUGAACUGUUUCAGAAGUUAGAACAUCUAAGGGGUCAAAAUAUUGCAGUUCUCUACGAGUGUAGCCAAGUGAAUAAUUUGGAGAAAGAUUUGUGCAUUUACUCCUUUAAAAUGUUGCUAUGUUUGAUACAAAACUUUGUCACAACCGAAUAUCUUAAUGUAGCGCCGGGUAGACAGUAAAUAUCUGUCCGUCUGUCAGAUUUGUAUCUAAUAUGCGUAACUUGCAUAUCAUUUCCAACAUUUAAUCAGAUGUGUAAUCAGAAAGUAUCAACUAUCAAAUUGUUUGUUACUUUCACUUAGCUUUUUUCCACAUACGAAAACUAAUAAAUUGAAAUGUGGCUAUAAAAACAACCGUCAAAUGAAUUAAACUAAUAAGCUGGCCGCGAUGAUUUGCAUAAUUAAAUGAAAUUGCACUGUAUACCACGGGGCGUAUAAAUCAAAUUAAUUGCGUUGGCGUGCGG